GUUUCCGGUGUUGUGUGUAUGUUCCUGGAAACAUGGCGGCCAGCUUCCGCGGCCGUCCUAUCCGGAGUCUUCGGAUGCGAGGUCGGAAUGACAGCGGGGAGGAGAACGUCCCGCUGGAUCUCACCAGAGAACCGUCAGAAAACUUCCGGGAAAUCCUUCAAAAUGUGGCCAAACCGCACGGAGUCAGUAACAUGCGCAAACUGGGCCACCUGAACAACUUCAUAAAGCUGCUAUGCAGCAUCAGCCACCGCGAGGAGAACUUUGGCUUUACUUACGAAGAAAUCAUUAUUUGUCUGCGACUGGCUCUUCUGAAUGAGGCGAAGGAAGUGCGUGCGGCAGGCCUGCGGGCGCUGCGUUACCUCAUCAGAGACACCAGCGUGCUGCAGAAGGUCCUCCGGCUGCAGGUGGACUACUUGAUAGCCAGAUGCAUCGACAUCCAGCAGAGCAACGAGGGCGAGCGGACUCAGGCUCUGAGGCUCGUCAGAAAGAUCAUCACCGUCAACGCCAUGCUGUUCCCCUCCUCUGUUGCUAACUCCCUCAUCGCCGUGGGAACGGACGGACUCCAGGAGAGAGACCGCAUGGUCCGCGCAGCCAUCGCCAUCGUGUGUGAGCUCGCUCUGAAGAACCCAGAGGUGGUGGCUAAGCGUGGUGGCCUCAGCACCAUCCUGAAGAGCGUCAUCGACUGUCAGCUGAGCCGCAUCAACGAGGCUCUGAUCACCACCAUCCUCCAUCUGCUCAACCACCCCCGCACCAGGCAGUACGUACGGGUAGACGUGGAGCUGGAGCAAAUCCUCGCACCUUUCACAGACUUCCACUACCGUCACAACGCUGACACGACUGAAGGGCAGCUCAAGGAGGACCGAGAGGCCCGGUUCCUGUCCAGCAGGAUGGCCAUCGUGGCGGCCUUCCGCUCCUGGUCUGGGAUCAUCAACCUGUGCAAGGCUGGCAACUCAGGCAUCCAGUCUCUCAUCGGCUUACUGUGCAUCCCAAACAUGGAGGUUAGGAAAGGCUUGUUGGAGGUGUUAUAUGAGAUCUUCAGGCUCCCCGUGCCCAUCGCUACUCCAGACUUCACCGAAGCUCUGCUAAGUGUUGACCCCGCCAGGUUCCAGGACACCUGGAGACUCUCUGAUGGGUUUCUGGCUGCCGAGGCCAAAGUCAUCCUACCCCACCGGGCCCGCUCCAGGCCUGAUCUGAUGGACAACUACCUGGCUUUUGUUCUGUCAGCCUUCAUCUCCAGUGGGCUGUUAGAGGGUCUGGUGGAGGUUGUGACCAGCAGUGAUGAUCAGCUGGCUGUGAGAGCCACCAUCCUCCUGGGAGAACUCCUACACAUGGCCAACACCAUCCUCCCCCACUCCCACAGUCACCACCUGCACUGCCUCCCCACCCUCAUCAACAUGGCCGCCUCCUUCGACAUCGCACAGCAGAAGAGACUUCGGGCGAGUGCAGCCGUCAACAACCUGAAGCGUUUCCAUGAGAAGAAGAAGAAAGGUCUGAAGCCCCACAGUCUGUACCUGGACCACAUCCUCCGCAAGUCGGCCUCCUCCCCCGGGCGCCGAGACACGCCCUCACGGGUCCACCGGGACAUCUACGCCAUCAAGGACACAGAGGAGGCUCUGAUGCUGAACCUGAGAGACAGUCAGAUCCUCAACCACAAGCAGAACCUGGAGUGGAACUGGCUGCUGAUCGCCACCAUCCUAAAGUGGCCCCACGUAAACCUCAGGAACAACAAAGACGAACUAAUGCACAAGUUUGUGCGUCGGCUGCUCUACUUCUAUAAGCCGAGCAGUAAACUGUAUGCAGCGCUGGCGUUGGAUCACCCGAAGGCUCGCCAGCUCACCGUGGUCGGCUGUCUGUUCAUCGAGUUCCUCAUGGAGUCAGACGAGGACGGCCAGGGGUACCUGGAGGACUUGGUGCGGGACAUGGUCUCGUGGCUGUCGGCCUCCUCGGGGCUGAAGCCCGAGCGCUGUCUCCAGAGCAACGGGCUGCUCACCACGCUCAGCCAGCACUACUUCCUGUUCCUGGGGACCUUGUCUGCACACGCACACGGAGUCAAACUGCUGGAGAAGGGUGGCCUGUUCCAGAGCCUGCUGAACCUGGUCUCGGUGAAGAACCAGGAUGCGGUGCUGAAGCUGGCUGUUUCCACGCUGGACUACAGCAGAGAUGGUCUGGCCCGGGUCAUCCUCUCCAAGAUCCUCACCGCUGCUACUGAUGUGUGCCGGCUCUAUGCCACCAAGCAGCUGCGAGUGCUGCUGCGAGCCAGCGUGGAGUUCUUCAGCAGCUGGGGGAUGGAGCUGCUCGUCACUCAGCUGCACGACCACAGCAAGGCCGUCUCCAUGGAGGCGCUGGACAUCCUGGACGAGGCCUGCGAGGACAAGGCUAACCUCCACGCUCUGAUCCAGCUGAAACCAGCUCUGUCCCACCUGGGAGACAAAGGCCUGCUGCUGCUCCUCCGGUUCCUGUCCAUCCCCAAAGGGUUCUCCUACCUCAACGAGAGAGGAUACGUCAGCAAACAGCUCGACAAAUGGCACAAGGAAUACAACCUGAAGUACGUGGACCUGAUAGAGGAGCAGCUCAACGAAGCGCUCACAACGUACCGCAAACCUGUCGACGGAGACAACUACGUCAGACGCAGCAACCAAAGGUUACAGAGACCAAAUGUGUAUCUGCCCGUGCACCUGUACGGUCAGCUGGUCCACGAUAAGACGGGCUGCCACCUGCUGGAGACUCAGAGUGUGGUACCUGACCUCAGCUACACAGUCCGCUCCCCGAUGCUGGACACCUGGGAGGGAAUCAAGCAGCUGAAGGCAGCUCUCUGGGCACUGGGAAACAUCGGCUCGUCUAACUGGGGUCUGAACCUGCUGCAAGAGGAGAACGUGGUCCCAGACAUCCUGGCACUGGCUCAACACUGUGACGUUCUCUCAGUCAGAGGGACCUGUGUCUACGUGCUGGGUGUGAUCUCGAAGACGCGGCAGGGCUGCGAGCUGCUGAAGGCGUUGGGCUGGGACGCGGUGCGCCACAGCCGCCGUACGCUGUGGCCCGUGACCCCGGAGGAAGUGGACACCCAGCUGACCUCGGAGCUCUCCUCGGUGCCGAGCACGCUCAGCCUCAACUCCGAGUCCACCAGCUCGCGCCACAACAGCGAGAGCGAGUCUCAGCCAAACAUGUACAUCCUGGACGACGACAAGUGCGACUCUCUCGACCAAUCGGACGAGCCUCCCUUCUACCUCCACUCCAAGCCGGCGAAGGAUCGCAGCCCGUUCACCAUCCUGGCGUCGACGCGCUUCGCGCGCGCGCUUCCUGAACUCGCUGUCCCUCCCCAGCAAGAAGCUGCGCUCCACCAGCGACCCCAAGUCGCUGUCGUCCUCGGGCGCCCGCACGCCCACGGAGCCCAGGUCCGCCGGCGGCGUGCGGCGGAACCGCACGGUGACGGAGCCCUCGGCGUACAGCCCGAGCCAGGAGGUGUUCGCCCCGGUGUUUAACGGCAGGGGCGUGCCGAAGAGCCCCACGGUCAGCCUGGAGACCUCCUUCGUAGGGACCCGAGGAGGCUCCGAGGAGCAGCUGGUGGAU